AUGCCCCCAAAGACGAAUCCGCCACCAUACACUUCUGGCCAAGGCCAACAGAAGAAGUCGAACAACAACGCAGCGGGCAAGAAGCAGCCAGUAAAGCGAAUCAUCGCAAAUGAAUCGCUACUCGCGACUGAAAACGAGAAGACGGCAACCUCGAAGAGUCUCUACGGCGAUCCCACGGCCCGCAUAUCCAGCAAUGUUCAUGCCAUCCAUGAUCGGAUUCGUCUGCGUGCCUACCAGUCCAUACUGAAGGGCAUCAAGGGUAAGUCACUUCUGCAUCUCGGGUGUGGAAUGGGUCUCAUCUCCAUGAUGGCGGCGCGUAGUCUGGCAUCGGUCGUUGUAGCGAUUGACCACUCCGCCAUUGUCGACGCGGCACGGGUGGUGGCGGAGCAGAAUGGACUGCAGAACAUUAGUUUCUUCCGUGGAUCUCUGCGUGAGACGAUGGCAUCAUUUCCCGUGCAGAAGUUCGAUAUUGUUCUGUGCGAGUGGAUGGGCACUUUCUUGGUGAACGAUCCUCUGCUUGAUGACGCGUGCUAUGCGCGCGACAACCUCCUCGCAGAGAACGGUGUGAUGUGCCCCGACAGCUCCUCUGUGCACAUUCUCGGUGUAAGCGACUAUGCCUUCCACCUCGACACGGUUGAGUACUGGAGCAAUGUGUACGGCUUUACGAUGGAGCCGAUGAAGGCGCUUGUGCGGCAAGAGGUGGAAACGUGCAGUAUCCCUGCUGGAAACAUUGUGACGAGCACCUGUCUUGCGCAUACCGUCAACAUCAAUAACCUGAAGGCGCCAGGAGAGGGCGAGGCACAUGACAAUGGCUUCACCGUCCCGUUUAGCGUGCGGGUCACACGCGACGCAACCGUGAACUACCUGACGUUCUUUGUGGAUGCCACUUUCACGAAUCCGCAUGACCCUGGUGCCAACUUCGUAAUUGGCAUCCGCCCCGGCGGCAGUAACCCCUGGACGGAGACAAGCGUUGGGCUGCACCAGCCGCUGCCGCUGAAGUGUGGGGAGACGCUCUCGGGGGAGCUGCGCGUGCGUGUGCUGGACAGUGAGCGGGGGGUGACGGCGGUUGAGGUGACGGCGCGAACGGAAGGAGGCGUCGUGGCGAUGGAGACGACUGGCUCGUACAUUUACCAGCGCUACUAA